GGACUAGCAGCUCAGUCUGGUUUUAGUUGUGCGUGUUUCUUGUUGUGUUACUGCCUGAAGAUCCUGGUUUUGCUUGUGAAUUAUUAUUUUUUAACAGGAGGAAUGUACACCAGUUAAUGUAAUUAAAAAGAAAAUUUCGCAAUUAAUUGAAGAACCAAACGAGUUAAAAAAAAAUUGUGAUGUCCAAUCUGAAAUAUAUAUGUAACUAAAUCUGCGUAAAAUGAAACAUGCAAUGAACUAAGAUCAAAUAAUAAAUGCAUAAAAUUGGAAUAUAUUUAAACAAAGUUACGUGAAAGUAGUAUAAUAUGUAUGCGGCAGCAGGUGGGGCAUCGCUGGCGUCACGCCAGGCACGUCAACGUCAGCGUCAACAAAAACGUAAUCAGCAAUUACAAGCAAAACUUCAUCCCCCAAAAUUAUCAGCGUUGUCGACUACCGAACAUGGCGCUUCAACUCCAACUCGGACUCAGUCACGUCAGUUCCACCAGCUGCCGACCAACUAUCUGCGCACGCCACAGACCCAGAUAAGGAAAUUAAGCGCAAGCUAUACGACUCAAUCAAAGCUUUUACUGCCCAUUGAAGAAGGUGAUAAUCAGUCGGUGUUGCAGAUGCGCAUGCAAUAUGUGCAUCCCCCAACGAAUCAUUCUCAUAGUCACGCACAUCCUACUCAGACGCAUCCACAUCCUCAAUAUCAGUCUGCGCAUCAGCAGUACCACUCACACGGAGGCAUCUCACAGAAGUUAAUUCAUCGACAUUCAGGCAGUGGCGCUAGUACCUUUCAUCAACCAAAGCUUUCUAAGUCCGCUACGGCGACUCUACCACUCGUCUCUCAAAUGGAAGCCACGCCGCCGUCGACGCCAUCGGGUGCGGCCGAAGGUGCAACUACCACCGCUACAAAGGUGGGGACGUCAUCUGUCGAUCACACUUGCAUUAAUUUAUCCCACCAUGAUACAAUCAUUGUGACACCGGCCACGCCGAUGGCCUCGCCAGGGCACGUAGGCAAACCACUUCACAAACAGCAGGAAGCACUAACUGGUAUUAUUGGUAAAAUUGAAACUUCUACCUCGCCUAGUGCAAUUAUUGAUUAUGAAGAGCAGAUGAAAAAUCCACCAUUAGAACGUAAGUGCAGCGUAUAUCGUAUGCGACGAAAUGAGCCCUACGAAUAUAAGGAGGCGAGCAUAGGUGGAGGUGUGGGCAGCAGCGUUAGGCGGCAGCUGAAGGAUCUGAAAUUUAAUCAGCAACAACAAUAUGAACCACUGCUCAGCAACGAGUCACAUCUUUGUUAUAAGGGACUAGCAAAUGGGCGCAAAUGGCAAGUAUGUGCUUACUGCGAGGAGGGCAUUUGCGUCUGUGAACAUAUUGAGUGUACUCGAGGUCGUGCUGCUUGGCUGGAACGGGGACGACGUUGCAGCGUACAAGAAGCGCAACAACAAGCAGCUUGCCAUCGUCGUUGGGUGAAACGCAACCGUAUUCAAGAUGCAUCCUUGGGCGGCUCAUCUGAUGACGAAGACCUCUUAGGGGUAUUACGAGGGCCCAGUACUUUUGCGAACGCCUUCCUAUAUGUGGGUCUCGGUACAAUUGCUUUGGGUUUGGUAAUAGCAUUUGUCGGAACGGGAGAAAAAGGCUUCAAAACAGUGGAAUUGCGCCUCAUCGGACCUUCGUUAAUAGGACUAGGAUUCAUAUGUUGCAUGUUGCGAAUACUCUUUUGUAUUUGCCCGUCGCACUGUAUUUCAACAAAUAAAAACAAUUUUAAAAAAGAUUGCAAUAAAAUUGAUGCCGACUACACAACUUCAUUACUCCGUGGAGAGGGAAAACGGGUUUCUAUAGCGCGGAGACCGGGCCUUCAGCCAAAAUACCCACUCGCGCACAAACGAAGCAACAACAAAAUACUAAACGAAGGAAUGGAAGCACUCCGGCAAAUCGCAACCACAUCUCUUUUUAUGCAAAAUGAGCAGAAACCCUCAUUGAAUCGCGUAGUUCCAAUAAUCAAAGAGCCAGAAAGCAUCGGCGAGCACAUUCCCAAGAAAACAGAGUUUUCUAGCUGUGAUGAUAUUUACGAUACAAACCAUGGAGAAAAGACCGGCACGUAUAAAGAAGUCGAUAGCGAAGAUACAAACAAAGCAGGUGUAGAAGACAUAAUAAACACGACUACAACUGCCAUCAAAGUAAGCUCAGCCGAAUCAACAGUAAAUACGCCAUCUAACGAAGCAUCAGAGACCAACCUUGUUUCAAAGGCCGCAGUAUUAUUAGAGCAAAAAAGACCAGCAUUCUCGUCGACGCCAAUAUCAGAAGCUUUAACGAUUAGUCCAACCAGCAAAUUAUCUCGGCAACGUAUCGCAAUGAACCACAAAUUGCUGCAGCAGGCAAAACCACAUAUAAAUGGCUCAGAUUUACUAAUGGAAACUUCGAUGUCAAUAAUCCAAUCAUCAACUACGGUCAACGAGUUCACCCUAAUAAAUGGUUCUAACUCUGAUACUAUGAACAAUGCUUACAUCGCUUCUGCAUUCAUCGAUAAAACUAGCACUGGGGCAGUACCUAGAACUACUACAUCAGAUACAGCAAUAUCUACACCACCAACGUCUGAAAGAACAGCUGAUCUUAAUUCAAUAUCGGAGAUAGGAAAUAUAUCUUCGAGUAUUGUAGCAGCCCGCACCAAUUCAUCUAGCACUGCGCCAAGUAUACCACCUUUUGCAUUAUCUUUAAAUAAAUCGAUAUGCCCAUCAGUCCAGUCAAUUUUUAUUCCUGGGCAAAUUGAAGAUAUGGACACAGCUACAUCCGAACAGUCGCUUGCAAUUGCACCAAGCUCUACAAAUUUGCGGGCAUUCGGGCCUGGGAUUUCGAAUGCCAGAUUUAUGCUCCCUUCUCCUUUGUCAUCAUCAUCUGACAGUGAAUCAGAAGGCUCAUCAGCCUUUUCCCCCUCUCAGGCAACAGUAAUGCAAGCUUUAUCAAAAUCUGAGCAAUCACCUAGUGAUAGUGCUGCUGCCAACGUGGGUAUAUCGCAAAGCAACAAAUAUGCUCCCCAGAAUCAUCCUGUAAACAUAUUUGAACCGGAACUACUACUGAGUCCAGCUAAACUCUGUCAGUAAAUUUUUAAUCGAUUUACGAAAAAAUUUUACUUUGUACACAUCUUGUAAAAAUUCAUGACAAAAUUAAAGUAAGAGUUAGCAUAUCUGUAUGAUAGUGAAA